AUGUAUCCAACAAGUCCAAAUGUUAGCUACAUACCGGAUCCAAAGAAUAUCUUUUCAUCAAAUUGCAGUUUACCAAUAAAAGAAACCGGGGGAUUGUCAUAUGCAUCAUCAGCUUAUCCAAACUUAUCAAAUGGAUCAUCUGUAUCCAACAUUUAUGAUAGAAGUGGGAUUAUUAGCAAUACAGUUACACCUAGUCCUAGAAUGGCUUUAGACUAUCCUGAAUUAUAUACUUCUGUUUCAGAUGUUAAUGGUAAUUUUCAGUUGAAUAUUAAUAAUGAAUGUGUAUCUUCUAAUAUAUAUCAAUAUAAUAGUCCAGCCAAAAUAUCAACUAUAUAUCCAGCUUACAAAUAUGAAUCUGAUACUUCAUACAGACCACAGACAACAUUGACUGAACCUACACCAAUACGAAACAUUAAUCGUAGUGGUAGUAAUCUACGACGUAGUGCAAUGGUUGAGACAUUAGUGCAGCAGCAAUAUUUAAAUGGUACUCAGCUAGAUAAUAUUUUAACUCCCUCAAUUCGCAAUGAUCCUAAUAAAUUGAUUGACUUGAUAUACAAGAAGCAGGCAGAACUAGGGAAUUUACGGGUGCAACUAGAUGAACUAAGAAAAAAAGAGAUUGAAUUAGAGAAAACUACAGAAUUAAAUAUAGCAAGACGAAAUGAGAUAAAGUCUAAUUUUAUAACAUUAGAAAAUACGUUCUUUCAAUAUCGUAGUAGGAAAUCUCAUGAGAUGAGUAUAUUAAUCCAACAACUCCAGAAUAGUUAUAGAGACCGUCAGCAAUUAUCUGAGAGUUUGGCAAAACUUUGCGAUGAUAUCUCAGUUACCCAAAGAGAUCUACAGUUUUUUGAUUCUCAUGAUAAUGGUCAUGAGACAAAUAUAAGUGAAAUAAUAGGGCAUCAUUCAGUGAAAGAUCUACAAAAUGAACUGGAUUUAGUACAAAAGGAACGCAAUGAACUACUUAAUCUAAUAAACUCUUCGGGAACUCAGUUAGAGAAUUCAACUUGUAGUAAUCAAGAUUCUAUUUUAGAUCCUGAUGAUAAUAACUUAGUAAUGAUUAUUAAUCACCUGAAGCAAGUCAACAUGAGUUUAUUUGAACAGAAUCAAAUUCUUUCUUUAAAGUCUAAAGGUAAUUUUAUUGAGUUUAGGAGGAAUAUGUUAGAGAUUCAGAGCUAUGUAUCAAAGCUUGAGAGAUGUAUAGAUAAUAAUGAAGCUCAAAGAAUUCCUUAUUAUGUUCAAGAUAUUAAUUCUAUAAUUCAAAAAUUUAUAAGUUGUCAGUAG